CUCUGUUUGAAAAGUAUCCUAGAUCCAUUUAAUCUAUUUUCAGUGUCAGCUGAUUAUAAUUAUUAAAAUUAUAUAAUUUAAUUUGAUGUCAAAUCUAGAUAAAGAAAGAAUUUUCAUUUCAUAUCAAAAAAUGGAAGAUUGAAUCCAAUGAAAGUAUCAUGUCAGCAAAGAGUUUCUCAAAAUUGGGACCCUUGGUAGGGGCUAUAGAUGAAGGUACAUCAAGUGCAAGAUUUAUCUUGUUCAAAGCGGGAACUGUAGAAGAAGUAGCAUCUUAUCAAGAAGAAUUGUCAUCUAUAUAUCCUCAAGAAGGAUGGGUUGAGCAAGACCCAAUGCUUAUUUUAGAAAUAGUGCAGAAAUGUAUCGUUAAAACAGUUGAGCAACUGAUCUCUAAAGGAGGAGAGGUUACAGAUAUUGUUGGUGUAGGAAUUACAAAUCAGAGAGAAUCGACAGUUAUGUGGGAUAGCAAAACUGGCAAGCCUUUUCACAACUCUAUAGUAUGGUUAGAUGUAAGAACAUCUUCAACAAUUGAACACCUACUAGAUCAAGUGCCUAACAACUCAAGAAAUAAGAACUAUUUAAAAAUACUGUGCGGGCUGCCGUUGAAUCCUUAUUUUAGUGGAGUAAAAGCAAGGUGGUUGAAGGACAAUAUCCCCUCUAUAAAGAAAGCAUUGCAGUCAGGCAAUUGUAUGUUUGGAACAAUUGACACUUGGCUCAUAUGGAACCUAACAGGAGGGAUAAAUGGUGGAAAACAUGUAACAGACUGUACAAAUGCAUCUCGAACAAUGCUUAUGAAUAUAGAUACCUUAAAGUGGGAUCCUGUUUUAUUGACCUUCUUUGACCUGCCUGAAUCUAUGUUGCCAGCAAUUAAAUCAAGUUCUGAAGUUUAUGGAAAUUUUUCAGAUGGUCCCUUGUCAGGAAUACCUAUUUCUGGAUGUUUAGGUGACCAACAGGCAGCAUUAGUAGGUCAAAUGUGUCUAGGAAGGGGAGAAGCAAAGGCCACCUAUGGAACAGGCUGCUUCUUACUAUAUAAUACAGGAUCAACAAAGGUAGAAAGCUCACAUGGUUUGCUAACCACUGUGGGUUAUAAAUUGGGCCCGAAUAAGCCUACAGUUUAUGCUUUAGAAGGUUCAGUUGCAAUAGCUGGUGCUGCCUUGAAUUGGCUCAGAGACGGUCUAAAUAUUCUAGAUGAAUAUAAGGAUGCUGAAAGAAUUGGCAAAUUGGCUGAAAAUGUUCAGUCAGGAGAAGUUUAUUUUGUACCAGCAUUUAGUGGUUUAUAUGCACCAUAUUGGCAAGCAGAUGCAAGAGGAAUUAUAGCAGGUAUUACUGAAGAUACCACCUCACACCAUAUCAUAAGAGCCACAUUAGAAGCUGUUUGCUUUCAAGUACGGGAUAUUUUGGAUGCAAUGUGUAAAGAUUGCGAAAUACCUUUGAAAAAGUUGAAGGUUGAUGGCGGUAUGACUGCGAAUUCUCUGUUGAUGCAACUUCAGGCAGACCUUGCUGGAAUAUCUGUGGUAAAAUCUGCUGUUCUACAGAGCACUGCACUAGGGGCUGCUAUGGCUGCUGGCGCAGCUGUUGGUUAUUGGAAUGUGCAAGCGGGUACUAUUAAUGUACCCUCUAAAACCUGGUAUCCAUUAUUUACAGACAAUGAACGAGACGUUAAGUAUAGCAAAUGGAAAAUGGCCAUUGAAAGAUCUUUGGGUUGGGACAUAUGAAAAUGUAUUAUUUUAUUAGUCUUUUUGAAUAUGACUAUUGUGACCAUGAAUUUGUUGAAUUAUUUUAUCUGUUAUGUUUCUUUUAUUUUAUUUAAAACAAAAUAGAAUUAUUUUAUAUUGUG